UUGCCUUCAAUCAUGACAUAAACAAUACAUCUUCUUCAUCUUCUUCUGAUCAUCAUCAAUAACAACCUUUUCUUUUUUCUAGCUAGCUAUAGCAUAAUGUCAAGUGUUACUACUAAUGAUACUAUCAUGAACAUAACCAAAAAGAAUAGGGCUUAUGUCACUUUCUUGGCUGGAAAAGGAGACUAUGUGAAAGGGGUUGUGGGCUUAGCCAAGGGGUUAAGGAAGGUGAAUAGUGAGCAUCCACUUGUGGUGGCAGUUUUGCCUGACGUGCCGGAGGAGCACCGUGACAUCCUUCUCUCUCAGGGAUGUAUCGUUCGGGAGAUCCAGCCGGUGUACCCACCGGAGAAUCAAACGCAGUUUGCCAUGGCUUAUUACAUUAUCAACUACUCAAAACUUCGUAUUUGGGAGUUUGUGGAGUAUAGCAAGAUGAUCUACUUGGAUGGAGAUAUACAAGUUUUUGGUAACAUUGAUCACCUCUUUGACAAUCCGGAUGGUUACUUGUAUGCUGUUAUGGAUUGUUUCUGUGAGAAAACAUGGAGUGACACCCCUCAAUUCAAGCUUGGCUACUGUCAACAAUGCCCCGAUAAGGUCCAGUGGCCAACGGAGUGCUUGGGACCUCCUCCACCUCUCUACUUCAAUGCUGGCAUGUUCGUCUUUGAACCAAACCUCUCAACUUACAAUCAUCUCUUGGACACCCUCAACCUCACCCCUCCUACUUCAUUUGCUGAGCAGGACUUAUUGAACAUGUUCUUUAGGGAUACCUACCGCCCUAUUUCUCCGGUGUACAAUCUUGUUUUGGCAAUGUUGUGGCGACACCCUGAAAACAUUAAUCUUGACCAAGUGAAAGUCGUUCACUACUGUGCUGCAGGUGCAAAGCCAUGGAGGUUCACUGGGGAGGAAGAGAACAUGCAGAGAGAAGAUAUAAAGAUGGUUGUGGAGAAAUGGUGGGAAAUAUAUAAUGACAAGUCAUUGGAUUACAAGAGCAGCACAAAGGAUGAUGUCAUGGUUUCAGCAGUUAUUGAGGCUGAUGUUGUUGAUCACUUCAUAACUGCCCCAUCUGCAGCCUAAUUUUAUUAUUAGGGUACCUUAAAACAAUAAAACUUACGCCAUAACUACUAUAUAUAUAUAGGAUUAUUACUACUACUGUAACCUGCUAGUUUAGUUUAUCAGUGACUAUAUGCUAGCUAGCUCUUUAAAUGUAAGGUUAUGGGAUUGCUUCUGAAAAAAUGUUUAUCUACAUCUUUAAAUAAAUGACAGUUCUAGUAA